AUCUUUUCCUUCCAAAAUCUCAAACACUAUCUCACACACCUCACCGAGUCGAAGACAGAGACAGCGACACAGGUUUCAGUUCAUUCAGCCUAAUCCAAUUUAGGGUUUCGGUUCUCAACCCAAUUUCUCACCCUUCGAAACCCUGAAUCUUGGAUCAGGUUUGAGCUAUUUGUUUGGUUGGAUCGUCUGUCUCGGAGAAUUAAGUUUUAUGUCUGAAUUAGACGCUCAGAUUCCUACUGCCUUCGAUCCUUUUGCUGAGGCAAAUGUUGACGAGUCGGGUGCUGGGGGUGCUGGGACAAAGGACUAUGUGCAUAUCCGCGUGCAGCAGAGGAAUGGCAGGAAAAGCCUGACAACUGUUCAGGGAUUGAAGAAAGAAUUCAGCUAUAACAAGAUACUGAAGGACCUUAAGAAAGAGUUCUGUUGCAAUGGUACAGUUGUUCAGGACCCAGAACUUGGACAGGUUAUCCAACUUCAAGGUGAUCAGCGGAAGAAUGUUUCUACCUUCCUAGUCCAGGCUGGUAUCGUGAAGAAGGAUAAUAUCAAGAUUCAUGGUUUCUGAGCAGCUUGGAACUUAAGGGUCAAGCUUAACUGCCUUUGUGCUGGGCAUAUAGAUGAUCUGAGUUUAUAUGUGACUGGUAUUUCUAGUGUGUUUUGGUGUUCUACCGUGUGAUGUUGGAUUAUGGGUUUUAUAAUACUCUAUGUGUGUGUUUUUAAGACAUAUAAAAACAGUUUAAUGUAGUCCUAUUCUCUCA